GCUCUUGCGUGCACGCAACGCUCAUGGCCAUGGCGACACCCAAGUGCCGUCCCGUCCUCGGCUUGCUGCUCCUAGCCGUAUCCAGCUGCCUUCCGCUUGCCGUCACCUCGCUUAGCUUCGACUACAACUUCUCCGCCCCCGGCGUCCUCGCCGGCGCCGACCUCAAGUACAUGAACGACUCCGCCCCGGUCCUCGACCGGAUCGACCUCACCAACCUCUCUAGGAGCUGGAGCACCGGCCGCGUCGCCCACGGGCAGGCCGUGCGCCUCUGGGAUGACGGCACCGGCAAGGCCGCCAGCUUCACCACCAACUUCACUUUCGCCGUCAAGUCUCUCAACGUGACCACCAGCCAGGGUGAUGGCAUGGCCUUCUUCGUGGGACCUUACCCGCUGAGCAUGCUGACGGACGCCACCGGCGGCUUCCUGGCGCUGUUCAACAACCGCGGCAACCCGGCCAAUACCUACUUCCCGCCGACCGUCGGCGUGGAGUUUGACACGUUCAGGAACGUCGAGUGGGACCCCGAUGACGCCGUCAACCAUCUCGGCCUCAACGUCAACAGCAUCAGCUCCAAGGAGUACACACCGCUGCCGGACGGGAGCUUCAAUGGGGCCAUGUCGGCGUCGGUCACGUACGACGCCGGCACGGCCACGCUCUCGGCGACCCUGCGGUUAGACGACAUGCCGGAGGUGAGUUCUUACACCGUCAGCGCAAAAGUCGACUGGCGGGCCGCCGGCCUGACGCAGGAGGCAGCGGUAGGAUUCUCGGCGGCCAUCGGGGACUACGUCGAGCAGCACCAGAUUUUUUCUUGGUCGUUCGAGUCCACUCUGACCGAUGACAAAAUAACUUCAAAGAGGAAAAAAACUGGUCUAGUAGCCGGGCUGGUAUCAACCGGCAUCUUCAUAUUCGUCACCGUAGCGGCAUGGCUCGGUUACCUCCAAUAUCUGAAAAGAAAGAGCAUGCACACUCAAGACGCACCUGAAGAUUCAGUUGUACCACUUGACCAAGACAUGGACGACGUAUUUGAAAAGGGAGCGGGGCCUCGGAGAUUCAAUUACGACGAGCUGUCCCGGGCAACCCGGGGAUUCUCCGACGAGGAGAAGCUCGGCGAGGGCGGGUUUGGGGCAGUCUACCGAGGGUACCUACAGGAGCAAGGGCUUUAUGUGGCCAUCAAGAGGAUCUCCAAGACGUCGAGGCAGGGGAAGAGGGAGUACAUCGCGGAGGUGACCAUCAUCGGCCGGCUGCGGCAUCGCAACCUAGUCCAGCUCCUCGGCUGGUGCCACAAAGCCGACGAGCUCCUGCUCGUCUAUGAGCUCAUGACCAACGGAAGCCUGGACGAGCAUCUCUACAGUUCCACCAACAUCCUGACAUGGCCAACCAGGUACAAGAUCAUUCUUGGGACAGGGUCUGCGUUGCUCUACCUGCACCAGGAGUGGGAGCAGUGCGUGGUGCACAGGGACAUCAAGCCGAGCAACAUCAUGCUCGACGCGUCCUUCAACGCCAAGCUGGGUGACUUCGGGCUCGCAUGCCUCGUCGACCACAGCCGCGACGGACACACGACGAUGCUGGCCGGCACCAAGGGUUACAUGGACUUGGAAUGCGUGGUGACCAGCAGGGCCAGUGCGGAGACCGACAUCUACAGCUUUGGGGUCGUCCUCCUCGAGGUCGCCUGCGGCCGCCAGCCCAUCGCCCCGCUCCUCGAGGAUGAGGACAGGGUCGUGCUCGUGCAAUGGAUCCAGAAGCUGUACGGAGGAGGUACACUCCUCGAUGCAGCGGACGCGCGGCUCGACGGCAACUUCGACGCGCGGGAGAUGGAGCGCGUGCUGGUGGUGGGACUCUGGUGCAUGCACCCGGACUACGGCUUCCGUCCGUCCAUCCGACAAGCCAUGAGCGCGCUCCACUUCGAGACCCCAGCUCCAGACCUGCCGCCGGAGAUGCCGGUGGCGAUGUACGCGCCGCCGCGCGGAGGGCACAGAUCGAGCUACGCGUCGUCAAAUGGGAGUUCCAGCACCGGCAACCGCUCGUCGAUAAGUGACCGGGCGGCGGAUAGUCGUUCUUUUGCCGGUGCCGACAUGAAGAGCGCCGGAAGGCCGGCCGCGACACCCACGAAUCAGGCACCGGGGACUGAGCAUGUCCAGUCCACGAACGACUCUUCCUAG